AUGGCUCCCCAGCGACGGCGACAGCGCCACUCCUCCGUCUCCCUCGCCGUACCGCCCCCCGGCUCCUCCUCCGCCGCCGCCGCCAACGACCGGCCCCCCCUCGCCGCCCUCUUCCUCAUCGACUUCGACGUCAAGGCCGGAUACACCAUCGUCUGGAAGCGCACCUCGAGCGACGCCGUCGAGCUCGAUGGCCGCGUCGAGUACAAGUCGCUGCCCUCGGGCCUGCACACCGUCCGCGACGACCUCAUCUACUUUGUCGACGGCGACCACGCCGGGCUCAGCGCCUUCGUCAACGAGCCCUGCGACGAGGAGGACGCCCGCAAUGCCCGCAUGAUUGCCGUCGGUAUCCUUGUGCCCUUGAGCUACGGGCGCUUGGGCCGGGCCUGGCGCCACGCUCAGAACCUCAAAGACAUGGCCGCGAAACUUGCCAAAGAUCGCAACAUGACCGAGGCGCUCGAAAAGUACUGGGAUGCCAACAGAGCGAGAGAAGGCGGCAACGAAUCUAGCGCACAUCUUCCGCCAUCACCAACGCAAGACCGCAAGACCUCUGUUAGAGACCGGUCCUCUGCCGACGGCAGCGCGUUGCAUCCUCCCGAGCACAAGCUCUCACCCUUUCAUCCGGCCUGGAGCCUGGUCCAGCUCCUUGAUCGCUUCGGACCCCUCAUAUUCCCCAUUCACAGGGCUGCGCUCUUGAGACGGCGCAUCUUAAUAUCAUGUCACGCACCAGUCCACCAAAUAUGUGACUUUGUCUAUGACAUCUCUAUCCUGUCCAACAUCCCUCUCUCCAUCUCCGACUCCCUCCCGGCCUCGGCGCCCAGCCCGCGGCUGCGGCCCCUUUUCGCCAUUGGCGUUCACGACAUUCCUUUUCUCAUGGAGGACUUUGAGGCUUCCAAGCGCAGGGCUGACGGUGAAGACGAUGAGGAUGGCGAGGCUGGAUCCGGUUGGAUUGCUUGCACCACUGACAGCAUCCUCGCCAUGAAGGACACUCUGUGGGACAUGCUCAUCACCAUGCCGCCCGAGUACUCGGCCAAUGCCAAGGACAAGUCAUGGCCGACUGUCGAGUGUCCGCGCGGCAUCCCCAUCAAGGCUACGCAGCGCGAUCUGCGCCGCUAUAAUUCCCUCCGCAAUGGCUUGGCGCGUCUGGCUGGCUCGUCACCCGCUGGACCCUUGAUUCCGGACACGCCCGAGUCCGAAACGUCAGCAGUGCGCUUGUCGACGAGCCAUUCGCACCGGAUGCUGGUGAGCAGCGAGCCGGACGAGGCCGUCGAUCAGCUGGCCGAGCCCCCGAGUUGGGCAGCCCUCGCCUACAACGGCUACAUGUGGUGGGCCAGUGCCGGCGAGCAGUUGCGUGCCGAGGAACAAGAGGAGCUGAGCCGCGACGCCUCCCUUCUUGCCGACCUCGCCCCUGCCCCUCAAUCUCCCAUGCAGCGCCGGCCAUCAUCACGCUCCGACCCGCUCACCGACUCCGUCGCCUCCUUUGCCGGACGUCGCGCCGCCGACGCCGACGAAGCCCGCCUCGAGCUCGCCAUCAUCGCCUACUUCCACCGCCUCACCACGCAGAUGCUCUCCGUCCUCGUCGACCUCGUCGACAGCGCGGAGGAGGCAUACCCGGCGCGGUACCACGACGACGACGAAGACGGCGCCUCGGGCGAGGACGAGGCGGAGGUGCUCCUCAACAACGGCCUCGGCGGCCCGGCCGGCGCGGACGCCAUCACCGUCGACAGCCAGUGCGUGGAGAACAUGGGGCUCGACGUGUGGAGCGCGAGCGACGCCCAGUUCGUGCAGGACAUCGUGGCCGCGUACUUUGACCGCGCGGCGCGCAUAGAGGGCAAGGGUGUCGAGGUGUGCGGCGUGCGGGUGUGCUGA